UGACCUUGUAUGUAUUUCAGAGAUGAAAGUAUAAUGGUCACUGAGUCAGGAUCAGUUCAUCAUCCUGGAGUAGUGGAUAGAAAGUUGGAACCUGGUGGAUUGAAUGGGGAACUCAUUAUCAAGGACUGGGGUUCCAUUCUGUGUUGACUCAUCCAGCUCUUUGUUCUCCAGUAUCUCCUACACCUCAAUAGAGGAAAUGGCGAGAAACCUUGGACCGAAUCCUACACAUCCUAAUGUUGCGAAGCAGAAGGAAUUGCACAAGGAUAGUUUCCUGUUCAUUAGUCAGGCCUUGAAGAUAGACGAGACCGAGACCACACUGGAGAACAAAUCCGCGGCAAUACCGCUCUACGAGAAGGGAAUUGAAGCUCUAAAGCUUGGAGUCAAUCUCUACAUCCCGACGAACUUUCAUGAUGAGUCCCUGGUUCGAGCUCAGAAACUGAAAGAGAAGAUGAGAGAAAACCUGGCAACUGCAGAGGAGAGAUUAAACUAUCUAAACACUAGUCUUCAUCUACACUCACUCAGUAUCAGAGCAAACGAGGACGAGGAGAGAAGAAACCGAACCCAUCCUGCUGCAGUUCCUAAACCUACCCGGAGCACUCCUGUUGUCUCUAAACCAACCAGUUUAAUUACUCCUAGGAUCAAAUCAUCUUCAACUGCUGGAUCUCGAGUUCCCAGGAACAACCGAGCUACGGAGCUGAGAAUGAAAUCUAUAAGUGCCAACGGUUCGAACGCUGUUAACAAGCCUCGAAGGACUAAAAGCAAUGAUGACGGUAGGAGCUGGAAGGAUGAAUUGAAGAGUAAGUGUACCGGGUUGAAGAGCCUGGAUCAGAAGUUGGUGGAGAUGAUCCUGGACGAGGUUGUGCCUAAAUCCUCAACCGGAGUAAAGUUUGCUGAUGUGUCGGGGCAAGAAAAGGCCAAAUCUGCGUUGCAUGAGAUGGUUGUUCUCCCGUCUCUUCGACCAGAGCUGUUUACAGGACUAAGAUCUCCGGCCAGAGGAUUGUUACUGUUUGGACCGCCUGGGAAUGGAAAAACAUUACUAGCUAGAGCCUUGGCUACAGAGGCGCAGUGUAACCUUGUAAAUAUCAGCUCCAGUAGUCUGACCAGUAAAUGGGUUGGAGAGGGAGAGAAGUUGGUUCGAACUCUGUUUAGUGUUGCUAGAGCUAUUCAACCUGUUAUCAUCUUCAUCGACGAGAUAGAUUCUCUUCUUUCUGAACGAAGGACUGGAGAACAUGAAGCCAUGAGAAGAAUUAAAACUGAAUUUCUUCUUCAGUUUGAAGGAAUGCUGACAGGUUGCGAGGAAAAAAUAGUUGUUGUAGCGGCAACAAAUCGUCCUCAAGAGCUGGACGAUGCAGCUCUCCGUAGGUUCACGAAGCGAGUUUACGUUCAAAUGCCGGAUAAAAACGCACGGAUUGCUCUUGUAUCAUCUCUGAUCUCCAAGCACGGAUCUCCACUGUCUAGAAAGGACCUGGAUAAAGUUGCUCUGCUGACUGAUGGGUACACCUGCAGUGAUAUAACGAACCUGGCUCGGGACGCAGCUAUGGCACCUCUUAGGGAGAUUUCAACGGCAGAGCUGGUUAAAAUUAAACCCGAGGAGAUGAGAUCUAUAAAUAUUAAGGAUUUCGAAAAGUCGUGUGAGAGGGUUCGAAAAAGUUUGAGUCCUGAAUGUCUCGCCUCGUUUGAGAAAUGGAACCUAGGGUUUGGAGAUAUUUCCUAGCUGGAUAGGACGGAGAGAUAAUUCCAGUGAAAUAUGCCUGGUCCGGUCUAAUGCCUUAAAUCUAACCAGUAAUAACAUUAAGUAGUUCUUACGCUUAGUAUGAGCCAUUUGAUAUUAGAUAUCAAUUUAGUUAAAUUUAUCAAUUCAAUUUACAAGGUUUCUCACGAUAUUUUGGGUAAUUUUGAGAUUGGGGAAAUUUUAUGAUUAACGUUUCAAGAAUCGUAUUCGUAAAAUUAGGUUGACAAAUGAGUGCUGCAAAUUAACUAUCAUGUUUUGUAGGACACCCUACACUUAAUUCUAAUAUUUAAGUGCACAAUGGAAAAUCUAAUGUCAUUUGGCUCACUCGGUAAAAUAGUUACCAUUAAAAAAACAAAUGAUCAGUAACAAUGUCAUUUACGUGUCAUCCGUCCAUCCUGUAAAAUGUUUUUUUAUGUAGUUCCACAAUCCACAGAUUUAUACACAUAGAUUAUUUCAUAUAGGUGUGAUCUAGGUGUGAUCUGAUAUCAAAUGUAAUGAUUAAUAUAGUUUUUAACCUCGCUGUGAUUAAAUAAAUGUUAUUUAGAAUAUGUA